AUGAAAACAGAAAGAUUGAAUUGGUAGGAACUUUGUAACAUUGCCAAAGAUGGCCACCGGUACAACUAAAGCACAGGAAGUCAUCCUUUGUCACUACUGUGACAGGAGACCCGCCCUCCUUCACUGUAAUCCCUGCCAGGUCAACUUAUGCGAAGAAUGUGUCGGAAAACACUAUAUGACGUCAUCAUCCUCUAAUCACGAGGUUGUCAAAUACCGAGAGAGAAAAUUCCACCUUUCAUUUCCAAACUGCAAAGCCCAUAGUGGCGAAAAGUGCACUGUUAAAUGUCAGAAUUGUGAUGUAGAAGUUUGCUUUAAAUGUCUCAGCGGAGCCCAUAACGGUCAUAGAAUUAUUGAAAUUAAGGACAUCGUUGAUGACAUGAAAAAGCUUGUGGAGAAGGACACAGCUUAUCUAAAAGACGAUAUCAUUCCAAAAUUUGAAAAAGCAGAUACAGAAAUAGAAUCCAAAUUAGCGACUUUAAAUGCUAAAUGUGACGAAUUAGAACAAUCAGUUACAGAGCAUGGACAAAAAUGGCAGCGAUUUAUUGAAGAAAUUGUUGCAAAGAACAAGAGAGAUAUUGCAGAAAUGAGAGGAAAUGGCAUCAAGAAAUCAAAAGAAUACCAGAAGGAGAUCAAAAAUGUUCUUGCAAGCCUUAAUGAAAUUUCUCUGCAAAACAAAGAGAUCUCUCAAUCCAAGAAUGUUGGUUACAUCACAAAAUAUGAAAGCAAUGUUCAGAAGUAUCUUAAGCUUCCUUUACAUAUAGAACUGGAACUACCAAUGUUCGUGUCCAAGGACAUAGAUAAAGGCAAACUUUACCACGUUUUCGGAAAACUAAAGGAACCCAAGAUCCAAACAGAACCGAUCUACAGAUUAGAUGUAUCCAAUGAGCUCCUAGACAAGGCCGUGGAAAUCUCAGCCUUCCACACUGGAAUAACACCGUUGAUGAGGAUGGCAUGUGCUAAUACAGAGGAGGUGUGGAUAACGGGGAGGAAUAAAACCAUUACUCGUUUUAACAUACAGGGUUCUGUACAGGAGACCGUUACUUCCACUUGUCUAAAUUAUCCUGGUGACAUUUCAAUUUCAAAAGAAGGACAUCUGCUAUACACUGAUGUAGUAAAUAAAGUAAUUUAUGAUGUCCACCAUACAACAGCACAUAUCACAGCACCACAGGGAUGGAAAGCAGGAGGACUGUGUUGCACACAAUCUGGUGACUUACUGGUUAGUAUGCGCACAUCUAAUGGUGAACAUUAUAAAAUUGUCCGCUAUGAAAGUCAAACAAUAAAGCAGGAGAUAGAGAAGGACGACCAAGGUAACCCACUAUAUAAAGAAGGAGAUAAGAUGCUCUUUGUGGCGGAGAACAACAACGGUGAUAUAUGUGCCUCUGAUUGCAAUGGCAAGGAUGUUGUUGUGGUGAACAAGGUAGGAAAACUCCGAUUCCGAUAUAAAGGACAACAAUCGAUGAAGAAGCAGUUUAAUCCUACCAGUAUUGUUACAGACUCUGCUGGUCGUAUAAUAGUAAAGGAUAUCGGGAAUUCCUGUACCCACAUCAUUGAUCAGGACGGUCAGUUUCUCCGUAGUCUGGAUUUCUGUGGAGCACUGAGUGUGGACUCACUGGGAAGACUGUGGGUGGGGGAGUACAAGAGUGGAAAUGUGACGGUCAUCAAAUAUACAGAAUAAAUUAUUUGAUUUCUGUGAAAUCAUC